AUGCUGUUGAUCCACACUUCUUACCCCUUAGUUGCAGCACCAUUCUGCAGGCUGGCUAUCCUGUUCAUAUACUCGAUUUCGGUUCUUACUCCACUAUCCAUUCAUGCACAAUACUAUGAGCCUAUGCCGGCCUACGCCAGCAAUAGCGUGUUUAUAGAGAGUAAGGCUAUGUAUGUCCUAGGCGGCUAUGCCCACAGCGCUUUACCAUCAGAUCCGAUCACAGCACAAAUGUUUUCACUUGAUUUAUCAAAACCUUGGCGAGUAAGCAAUCCACUAUAUCAACGACUUCCAGAUGGCUAUGGGGGUGUGCGGUUUCCUGGCGCACUCAUGAAGAAUAACCAGGAAUGGUUCGUCCUCAUUAACACUACAACAUACAGUUAUAACCUUGGUGCAAGGAUCUGGCAGCGACAUGGACAAUUUCUUGACCCUCCAGGCCUUGGGCUAGCUGCUGCUACAGACCCUGUCUCUGGCUGGGUUUAUAUUCCAAACGGACACUAUUCUCCCACUACAGGAAGACAUCUGAUGGCCUACCAUCCAGAAACAAACGAUUACUUUUAUGAGGAGCCCCAGCAACCAGGACUUCUUCGAGUGAUUAAUUACAUGACCACUUGGGCCCCGGGAAGGAAUAGCUUGUUAAUCUUUGGUGGAUCUACGAUCGACACAUCAAUAGCUCAUGAUGCCUUGUACGCUUAUAGUAAGCGAGGUGGAUGGGAGGUACUGCAGGCUAAUGGAAUAAAACCCUCAGCUCGACGCUUGGGCUGUUUUAUUCCUGCAUAUUCAGGCACUAAAAUGAUUCUGUUUGGAGGCCAGGGAACUGGAGCAUCAACAUCGGAUAGUGGCCCUACUCUCGGAGAUAUCUACAUCCUUGACGUCGCCACAUUAACAUGGACACGAGGCGUUGAUGUUGGACCGACAGGAGCACGGGCCGCACAUGUGUGCGCCUUCAGUAACGACCAGCUAAUUGUCUGGGGAGGUUUUCCUGUAUCCAGCGCCACUAUCAAUCCCAUUCUUAUAUACAACCUCAAGACCUCAAGGUGGACAACAGAGUACACCACCGGUUCUAGCGGUCCCACGCGACAGAGCUCCACCGACCCGCUCUAUGUCCCCCCAACUGCAGCCUCAUCUAGUGAUAGCCAAAGUUCAUCUUCCAAUCUACUAGUAAUCAUUGGUGCUAUCGUUGGCACUGUGAUUCUAUUUGCUCUGAUUGGGACGCUGCUUUCGCGUCAUAAGAAUAAUAAGAGACAACAGAAGUCUGUUGCUAAACUUAAUGGUGAGGUCGAACUGGUGGCUCCACCAGACGUGGACCCGCCUGUAAUCUUGGUCGCUCCCGAGCCACUAGCUCAGUCCCCAUUUAGUUAUCACGCUAUUCCGCAUCAGGCGCUAACCUCACCAGUGCAAGAACAUGUACAGCCACGAACACUUGCCCCAGAAGCCUCCACUUAUGUUGACCCUGAGGAGCAAAGAGCCCUAGAACAGCAGCGGGCACAGGCUGAUAUGAUGACUCGCCAACAAUAUGCUAGACUUGAAAGACUAAUAUCUGAGCAAAACAUGACUGGUGGGGUCACUACGAACGCAGCGACAUUCCCUAGCCCCGGCCCCUCUCAAUCCUCACAAGUAGGCUAA